AUGAUGCUCACCCAGUUCGCGAUUGAGUAUAAGCCCCGUCCUGCCAUCAAGGGUCAAGCAUUGGCUGACUUCAUCGUCGAAUGCACCGCACGUGAUCCGGAACCUGACCGACCGACUGCCCUAGAAGAACCAUGGUGGGAAGUUUCUACUGAUGGGUCAUCAAGUAAGAAGGGAUGUGGGGGUGGAAUUGUGCUCACAUCACCCGAGGGCUUCAAGAUUUAUCAAGCCUUGAUUUUCAAAUUUCAACCUACCAACAACGAAGCAGAAUACGAGGCACUCAUAGGCGGGUUGCGACUGGCCAAGCAGAUGAAGGCCGAACGGUUAAGGGCACGGUCAGACUCCCGGUUGAUAAUCGGACAGCUAUCCAGCACGAUCGAUGCAAAGGAGGAUCGAAUGAUACAGUACAAGGAUAUUGCGCUCGAAUUAUUGCAACAAUUCAAAAAAUACGAGUUGAUCCAAGUAUCAAGGAUGGAGAACACGGACGCUGACAUGCUCUCCAAGUUGACUCAGGAAGCUCCUGAAUACGUGUCCAAGAUUGCACGUAUUGAAGAAAUUGGAGCGCCAAGCAUUGAUGUCAUAGAAGUCAGACCGGUUGAGAUAGGCGAGCCAGAUUGGAUGUACGACUUGAAGAAUUACAUCGCCAACGGCACUCUACCGGACGACUCUUCCCGGGCAAAGAAAGUUAAGUUAAGGGCACCACGUUUUCAAUUGGUUGAUGAUAGGCUCUACAAAAGAUCAUAUGGCGGACCGCUGCUCCGGUGCUUAACUAGCGACGAGGCGAAAGUAGUGAUGGAAGAAGUUCACGAAGGGAUUUGUUCUGCCCAUCAAGGACCAAGAACACUCGCGCAAAAGAUCAUUCUGAUGGGUUACUAUUGGCCUUCGAUCAACCUGGAUUGCGAGCAGUACGUUCGACGAUGCGCUACUUGUCAAGAAUUUCACAAGUUACCCGGUCGACCAGCCACCUACUAUCAACCAGUCAGCGAAGUAAUACCUUUUGCGAGAUGGGGUGUAGAUCUGAUCGGAGCAUUCCCGAUGGCAGCCGGACGCAAAAAGUAUGUGAUAGUGGCGAUCGACUACUUCACCAAGUGGGUGGAAGCAAAAGCGUUGGCAACCAUCACUUCUCAACAGUGUCAAAAGUUUCUUUGGAAAAAUGUGAUUACUCGCUUCGGGGUACCUGUUCAAUUGAUCACAGACAACGGGACACAAUUUGACAGCCGACCGUUUAAGAACUUCAUGGCUCAUUUGGGCAUAAAGCAUACCCGAGUGNUCAACCAGUCAGCGAAGUAA